CCGCACGCCCCCACCGGCAUUCUCUCCCUCUAGCCAGCGCAGACACACCAGACUCCAGCCCGCCCGAACAACUCCUCCACCUCCAAUUGGCAGGAUGGGCAGCCUCGCUGCCGGCGGCGGGGUGGGCGCCAGGCGGCCGAGGUUCCUGUGCCUGCACGGCUUCAGGACCAGCGGCGAGAUCAUGCGGAAGCAGGUGGUGGGGAAGUGGCCCGACGAGGUCACCGCGCGCCUCGACCUCGUCUUCCCCGACGCGCCCUUCCCCGCCGAGGGAAAGUCCGACGUCGACGGCAUCUUCGACCCGCCCUACUACGAGUGGUUCCAGUUCGACAAGGGCUUCACGGAGUACAGGAAUCUAGACAAAUGCUUCGAUUACAUCGAGGAGCUCAUGAUCAAAGAAGGGCCCUUCGAUGGGCUCAUGGGUUUCUCCCAGGGUUCGGUUCUAUCUGCUGCGCUUGUCGGGCUCCAGCAACAAGGAUUGGCCCUGACUAGAGUUCCCAAGAUCAAGUUCCUCAUGAUCAUAAGCGGCGCCCGAUUCCGCUCACAGACUGUGUCCGAACAGCCCUACGCCAACAAGAUCAAAAUCCCCUCGCUGCACUUCCUCGGUGACAAUGACUUCCUUAAAAACGAUGGUGAAAAGCUCAUACAGUCGUUUGUGGAUCCCUUCAUCAUACGGCACCCAAAGGGACACACGGUCCCAAGGCUUGUUGAUGAGAAAAGUCUGGAAGUUAUGUCAUGUUUCCUUGACAAGAUGGAAAAGGAGAUAUCUGGACAUUCAUCCACAAAGGCCGAAGCACCCGCUGAUGUUGACGAAAAAGAAAUCUGCAUCUGAUAGGACCUAGGAAAUUAUUGUCUGAAUUCCUAUCAAAUUCAUAAUAUAGGCAAAGCAUGCUGAUGCAGUUGUAACUCGUCCUCAAUAGGAAGCAAUGCGCAGCGGCAUGUCACACCCUUGGUUGUCAAGAUUAAAGUUGAAAAUUGUUCGUAAGAUUAUUGUUGGAGUUUCCGUUGAAGUUACCGCUGGCGAAAAUCACUAUUCAAUGAAAAGAUUACUGUUGGAAAUAAGGCGACGUGUAACAUAGUAUUAUUGUCCAAAGUUACUGGAGAGAAAGGCAAUAGUAUUUUUCCCGGAUAAAAGUAGCAUCGGACGGUAGAGAUUUUGUAGAAGUUACUUAAGAAGAAGGAAGUGCUAUUUUUUUCUAGCUCAAAGAGGCAGCGGAAAGUGGAGAAUUUUUAUUUUUUAAAGCUAAGCAUUUCUGCGGGAUAAAUUGAA